CACACGAUCAUAAUCUACACGACGUACAAAACGCAAAGCAACACAACACAUACACAUCGAAGAUCGAAAGGUAGAGCGCAGAGACCAAAAUUAUGCAGAGCGCAGAGGUAACCACAGUGAUGGUGGUGCUCCUGUUUUUGACUGUGGGUUCGACCACUCUGGUGAAAGCAAGCAUGUCGAAAGGCAUGAGCAAUUACGUUUUCGCUGCUUAUUCCAACCUCCUCGGAUUCUGUUUCCUGCUAAUUGCAACCACCCUUCAUUACAGGAACAGAUCUCCCACACCGCUCAAUAACUUCAUUCUCUUCAGAAUUUUUCUCAUUGGCUUCUUCAGCGUUUCCAUUCAGACGUUUCUCUAUGUUGGACUUGGAUAUAGCUCCCCGGCUCUCUACUCAGCCAUCGAAGAUCUUCUUCCAGCUUUCACUUUCUUUAUCGCCAUUGUUUUCAGGAUGGAAAAGCUGGACCUAAAACUAAGAAGCUGCCAAGCAAAAACUAUUGGGACUGUGGUCUCAAUUGCAGGGGCAUUAAUAGUGACUUUUUACAAAGGUUUGCCUAUGACAAAUGGUGCCAUGCCAAACAAUUUAUCUCUCUCAUCUCAACAAUCACAAUGGCUACUAGGAGGAUUUCUCCUAUCAACUGGUACUUUUUGUUGUUCAGUCUCUCUUGUUAUACAGACAUGGACUAUUAAGGACUACCCAGAGGAGCUAAUGCUAAUGACCGUUGCUACCAGUUUCACUGUAAUCCUGUCUUUCGUUGUAGCUUUCGUUGCAGAGCAAAAUCCUGAGGCAUGGAUACUUAAGCCUGAUAUGGAAUUGGUGUGCAUAUUGUAUUCAGCCAUUGUAGUGCUGGCUACACGAAGUGUGGUGUAUGCAUGGGCAUGUCGAAAGAAGGGAGCUGUAUAUGUUGCUAUGUUCAGUCCUUUAGGAAUUGUGAUUGCACUUGCUAUGGGUAUUGUGUUUUUGGGAGACACUCUAUAUCUUGGAAGUGUUAUAGGAGCUGCUACAAUAGUUGUUGGGUUUUAUGCUGUGAUAUGGGGUCAGGCUCAAGAGGAAAAUAUUUGUGAGAAACAUGGAACCUGUAACAUUAUCUCUUCAUCUUCAUCUUGUUCUGAAGUCACCCUCUUGCUGAAUAAAAACAAAGACACAAUGAUAGUAUGAAAGGUUUGAGGAGACUUUUAACAUAUGAUGGAGACAGACAUUAUGAGAUAGUUGAAGAGAAGUCCUGUCCUGUAUCAUAAAUGUUUUCCUUCUAUUUCAAGAGUAAUUGACUUGACACCAUUAAUUUCUCCUUGCACACCCAUUGAAAUUGUUUGAAGAAAGCUCCUAUGGCAAAUAAGUAGUAUAUGAUUAAGAUUAUGAUUGUUCAGAAGAAUCCUCUAAAAGGUGAAAGUAAUGUAGUUUGUUUGAUAACAGUGGAAAAAUAAGAAAAAUAGUUUUAAAAAGAAUACUGAGAUUUGUUGUACUAUUUA